UGAUUCGAAGUUUCUUUUGCAGGAAACCCCUGACACUGUGGUGGAACCAUCUUUCUGUGGUUCUUACACUGAAUCUGAGCCGACGUGCAUGAUGCAUCAUCAGAGGCCGAAGAAGAUGGUGGCUUUUGAAGGUUCUUUGACUGGCAGGCGUUUCCUGGGUUGUCCUAUGCAGCAGGAUGAAGGUGUGAACUGUGGGGUUGUGGAGUGGGUGGAUGGUCCUUGGCCAGAGAUUCUACAAAGGUGCCUAACCAGGAUUUGGGACAUGUAUCAUGAGCAGAACUUGGGCAGGGUGAAUGACAAACAAGCCCAUGAGAAAGAGGUGGCCAAGCUACAGAAGGAAAUUGAUUUCCUGUCAAACAACUACAGCCAGUUGGUGGAAGAUGUAUCCAACCUAUUUGACUACCAAGAUGGCAAGAUGUCUCAUGACAUGGACUAUACCAGUCAGGCAAUCAAUGAACUAGCUGAGAAGAAGAAACAACUUGAGGAUUAG